UUAUACACACAUGCGUAAGUGUUACCGUAUAUACACUGUAUAUAGGUACGACGGCGUACAGAAACCUCAGAUACACACUAGCUAUCGAACGGAGUGUUACGUCUACUUUUAAGAGAAGAGUUGCUCAACCGAAAACAUUUUCCUAUUAACUGACGGUGAAGGACAAUCUCGCUAAGGGAUCUCAUACACUCGGUAGCCUUCGGAUAUAAGUUGUUGAUACGCUACAGAUAUAUAUCUGUGUGACUCAUCAAUUUCAAUUGUUGGGACUUAAAACGUAGUGACAGUGCUUUUUCUGGACAUUGUGAGUUAAACCUUGGACAUAGCAGUCAUGGAAGGUUCCGUGGACAUGUCGGGCUCGGACAAAUAUACAGCCUCCAUCGAAUUCUCAAACGCAUGCAGGGAGUUUUACAUUAAGCGAGUGAAAGCCACGGAAAAUCUCAAAGACCAGAUCAGAAUUAAAUCGGACAUUGAAACGAAACAACGAAUGCCAAAGUCGCAGCAACCAGCGUCGUCCAUAGAGUCCGCAAUGGACAAACUCCGGCGAGAAAUGGCUUCCCUGAUGGACCAGGAUUUGUCCUUGAUGAAGCAACUGUUGACCUUAAACGAAACGAUAGAAGAUAUCAAGUCAAGACGACUGUAUGGUGUAAGCAAGGAAUCUCUUUGUCAAAGCAACGGGGAUUUGGGCGGGAGUCGAGAUUCAUUCUCCGAUAUGGACUUGUAUGAUUCAGACGAGGAACUUCACAAACAGUCGAACAUGAAAUACACAUGUCUGAAUGUCAAGGACAAUUUCAGCCGUCAGACAAACCUUAGUAGCAAAGCACACAGAACGGAAAGUCUACGAAAAAACGACAGUUCUUCAAGUGAUACUCAAAACAGUCUUCCGGAUAUGAAAAAGCCUCAGAUUAUUCACGGCGCACAACGGUCUAUAGACUCCGGCUAUGACGAGUCAGACUGUUACCAGACGGAUAUAGAGGUCACGAUAUAAGUCACGUGGUCAUCGAGCAAGGCAAAUCCCGGGUACUUCCGUAUCUUCUGAUGUCCACCGACAAUCACGAUCAUCCUGGAUAUGACGUAAUAUUGUGACAGACAACUCUAUUGAGUUGCAUUGCGCAAUAACGAAAGUGCUCAUGAUUUAGACACAAAUUAUGAUUUAUAUGAUAUCGUUGAAAUCCCCCAAACACUAGAGAACGUACGAAGACGAAGAACUUGACGCUGUUUAAUCGAUUGAAAGACUAUACAUCUUAAAAAGUUUGCUGAACUUCUGGACAUUGACCAAUUCGUCACAUUGCAUCUGACCGGAAGUGCGUCACAAAGACGACUGGGCUUUACUUGCAGAAUCAUAAGUUAUGGAAAGAACAACGCAAUGAUUGGUCAUCUACCUGUAACAAUUGUCUAAUGAAAACGAAGCUUCCUCAAGGAAAUCCAAGCCACCAAUAAAACGGACACUUUUAUAUUUUUAUGGAAAAAGAUGUGUUUAACGGUUUCUGUGAGCCAAAUACAGAGACAAUGGUUCUUUCUUAGGACAUUGAGAACAUCAAGUGGGAAAAUAUCGCGGAAAGUCAUAGUGAUGUUCUAACCUACAAAUAAAUAUGGUGCUGUAUUUCACGUCUGAUCGAGGAUAACAACCCUCAAAUAACCUUUAUCAGCGGAAGACUGUUUUAGAUGCGGAUGUGUAACUUAUUAUGUGUUCAUGUUAAAUUAUGAUAUCUUUAUCUAGUCGUUUUAUGUUAAAGUUGAUUAAUUUAUUGCAAUAAACUACAAAUACCUUCA